AUGUUUGGCUCAUUCAUCGGCGUGUCUUCUGGUCCUUCCGAGCAGGACGACGAACGCACAACAGCCCCGGUGUUAUCACGCGGGAAUGCGCAACCCAAACGGAAACAAGUGUCUAGGGCAUGUGAUUGGUGUCGCUUGCACCGCAUCAAAUGCGAUGCCUACUCUCCGUGUAAAAACUGCCAGCAGCGGGGCGGUCAAUGUAGAAAGAAAAACACUGCGGAGAUACGGUCACUGCCCCACGCAUUAAGGCUGCAAAUAAAGGACCUCGAGACCGGCGCAGGCCAUGGGCGUGGCCCUCUCACAGAAUCAAACGAGAAUAUCUCGGACGCUACGACCUGUGCUUCCUCCGGGCCCUUAAGCACAACACUCGAUCAUAACAAUGUAAUCAAGAAUGCUACAGGUGUUGCGGCCUAUCAUAAACGUUUUGAAAAGAGGAGGUGGGAAGGAGUCUACUGUAGGACUGCUCGGUCGCAACGGAGCUCGUACUACGGCCCGUCGUCCUCGUUUUAUUUUCUCAAUCGGGUCAAUGUGUGUCUCGUCGAGGAGCUUCAACAACCUUACUUCGACCAGCAGUUGCAGCCGCAUUCAGCAAGCAAGUCAUUUUCCGCUCCAGAAACCCCUGAUGUCGUGGUACUAGGCGGCGGCGAGGACCUUCCACCUAGGCGCUACCCAGCCUCUGACCAGGUUUUUCUCUCUAGAACGCAAGAGGAGUAUUUCCUAGGGCUCUUUUGGCAGUUCUACUACUGCACAAUGCCCAUUGUGGACGAGAGAGACUUGAGGGCACACUACCAAAGCCUCUGGGAUGACACCGAGGCACGUAUACGGAAGCCAUCCGCGCUGGUCGACAUCAUCCUCGCCCUAUGCAUGCAGUAUGGCUGCGCUUUGCUGCCGAGUGGAUCUAUCCCAUCCGGGCCCGAGAUAGACCGAAACGACUCCACCAUUGCAGGCCGCUGGUUUUAUCGAAGAGCGCAGGCUCUUUUAGCUACCGACCUCGAGAGUCCAUCCAUCACAGCGCUCCAGUGCCACAUCUAUACUGUCGUGUAUCUCUGCUGCGCAUCGUUUCAGAACAUGGCUCACAGCACCCUGGCGUUGGCCGUCAGGACAGCUCAAAUCUUAGGCCUCCAUCUCGACCCCCCGCUCAGCCUGCCUCCAGCAGAGAGAGAACUGCGAAGACGGGUCUGGUGGGUGCUAUCUACAGUAGAGUCGAAGACGUGCAUGAAGCUAGGCCGUAGCUUUUCUUUCCAGACCAUAGAUGUGACAUGCUCCCUGCCAUCGGAAGAUCAGGAAAUCGCCGUUUCUAGUGGCUCGAUUCUAGGAAACUAUGGUACUGAUGUUACGUGGCUCACGUACACGGUAGAGUGCCAAAAACUCGUCUCGGUAGCCCGCCAGAUAUACGAAGCCGUCUACGACGACUAUGAGGAAAUCCUGCGUUCGCGUGGACUCAGCAGACCAUACGAAGACCCAAACACUCUUGAGGACUGUGCUAAAGCGCUUAUCUCAUAUAUGGGUGCCCUUCAGGGAUGGCUUAAUGCAGUCCCGGAGGGGAUCAAGACCAAACGUAGAGACGGGGGUAGACCAUUCUCGACCGAUCGUUCAUCACUAGAAAUAGACCAGCAUGCUCCUAUAUGGCUCCAGCGACAGCGCAUCUGUCUUGAGCUUGUUUACCACACCCUUUGUAUGAACUUUUAUCGGGUAUUCAUCACGUUUUCGAGCAAGUAUGACGUUGGCAUCCCUAUGGCUGAUGCCCAUGCAUCCGCUUGUAUCAACCAUGCCAUCGCCCACACCUGUAUGAUGCACCAGGUGCUCAGCGAGACAGACCUAUUAAAUGGCUGGCAUGAGGCGUUCCAGUGGCAGUGGAAUGCUACCGUGACCAUGAUUGGCUUCCUGUUGGCUUACCCCAUCGGUCCGUCCACACCCACGGCCCGUAAGGCGGUAGACAAGGCCGUCGCUGCCUUUGAAAUAUUUGGGAGCAAUAAUGUCGCCGUCUCAAGGAGCGCGGCUAGCGUGGCCCGUGAUCUAGUAGCCAAGGCAGACGUCCUCAUCAAUGGUCUCUGGUCCGGGCUCGGGGUCUCCAGCAGUAUGGCGCAAACUCCAAGCGCUGCUGCUAACCAGCCAUCUACAAGCCAAGACGGAGACCAGUUAAGAGGGCAAUUGAACAGAUGGGCUAAUUCAAGUUCAGCAAUUCACGAAAGAACCGAUGACUUCUCAGAUUUUAUGGACCUGGCGCUGACCAGUAGCGGCGGCAGUAUCGUUGGCGAGGAAUAG